AUGAACGGUAAGAAGCCAAAAUGGAUGAAUGAAGAAGCACACAAGACAAUGAUGGAUGUUCCCAACACCAAUCAAGAAUUCAUGGCUAGAUCAGAGAAGAACAAGAAGAAUAGGAGGGGCGGUUCCCUGUCUAAUGAAAUUGAACCGUCGCACUUCCAAGGUUCGAUAUCUGCUUCCCAACAUGCAAAGAAGAUGGCGAAGGCUAAAGAAGGUGUCUUGCCACACGCAGGAGAAGUUUUCUUGAGCACUCACUUCAAAGAAGUUCCUGGAAAAGGAACAGAACGUUUCAAGAAAAGAAUGGAUGAAUCAAGUAGUCAGGGUGUGGCUUGUGAUCCCAACCAGGUGUACUUUGAGGCAGCUGGGGGCCGAAACAGGGGUUAUGUGAAAGGACUAGGUCAGAAUGAUCACUUGUACUAUGGCACUCCAGCACGACAUGGUGCUUCCCAAUCAUACACACCGUCCAUUGUGUCUCAGUUACAGACACAAUUUGAAGAGAGGGUGUAA